UAUGGCCACUUUAAAAGUCAGUGGAAGUCGCGAUGAACUGAUUAAUGAUGUUGAAGAAUCCUUUAACGAUAAGAAUCAUAAGAAAACUCUACUGGAACGAAUUUACAAGAUAUUGAUUAAUCCAGUAAUCUCUGUAGAUUAG